GCGAUCCUCCUGGGUUCCUAGAGCUGACGGUUGAUGGCCGCUUACCUAGAGGGAGGCUUGAGAGCGAGCCGCGGACCGUCCCUACGAGCCUCAGAAGGUAUGUUUCUAGUCUGCAGAGUGAUUGUCUUCUGAGAAGCUUGGUCUGCAGUUGCCUUCAGACCUGAGACCCUUAAGUAGGCAAGAAAAUUGUCUGCGGGAAAUGCUAUUUCUUUAUCUGUUCCCUGAGGUGUCCAGUUGCAACCUAUGGAGAACGAAUUCAAUCAUGAAUCUCAAGGACAUCACUUUCUGUCUGAUGGAGAACCAGCAUCAGAAGAAGAAAUUACAGCAAAUAUUGCAUCGUUGACAGAAGAAUUUGGCAACUCCAGAGAGGUUGUUCUCCAGGAUGCUGAAGACAUUGAUUUCUAUAAAUUUGGGGAUAAAUCAAAUGAAAAGGAUCAGAACCUCUUUAAAAAAAGACAACAUAACUGCAAUGUAUGUAACCAGAACUUUGCUUGUAAUACAGGCCUUAUUCAGCACCAAAGAACCCACUGGGAGAAACCAUAUGAAUGUGAUAAGUGUGGAAAAGCCUUUAGAAUCAGCUCAGCCCUGGUUUUGCAUCAGAGAAUUCAUACUGGGGAAAAACCUUAUCCUUGUAAUUGGUGUGUUAAAAGUUUUAGUCGGAGCUCAGACCUUAUUAAACAUCAGAGAGUCCACACUGGUGAAAAACCUUAUAAGUGUGAUGAAUGUGGGAAAGCCUUCAGUCAGAGCUCAGAUCUUAUUAUACACCAUAGGAUACAUACAGGAGAAAAACCGUAUCAGUGCAGUCAUUGUAAUAAAAGUUUUAGCCAGCGUUCAGACCUGGUUAAACAUCAGAGAAUUCAUACUGGAGAAAAGCCUUAUACAUGUAACCUAUGUAACAAACGUUUUAGUCAAAGUUCUGAUGUUAUAAAACAUCAAAGAAUUCACACUGGGGAGAAACCAUAUAAGUGUGAUGUGUGUGGGAAAGCCUUUAGUCAGAGUUCAGAUUUAAUUCUGCAUCAGAGAAUCCACACUGGGGAGAAGCCAUAUCCAUGUAAUCAGUGUAGCAAAAGUUUUAGUCAGAACUCAGACCUUAUUAAACAUCAAAGGAUCCACACUGGAGAGAAGCCCUACAAAUGUAAUGAAUGUGGAAAGGCUUUUAAUCAGAGCUCUGUUCUUAUUCUCCAUCAAAGAAUUCAUACUGGAGAAAAACCCUAUCCAUGUAAUCAGUGUAGCAAAACCUUCAGUAGGCUUUCAGAUCUUAUUAAUCACCAACGAAUUCACACUGGAGAGAAACCUUACUCUUGUAAUCAGUGUGAGAAAAUGUUUAGUCGAAGGUCUGAUCUUGUGAAACAUCAUAGAAUUCAUACAGGUGAAAAACCCUAUGAGUGCGAGGAGUGUGGGAAAACCUUUAGUCAGAGCUCCAACCUUAUUCUACAUCAGAGAAUCCACACUGGAGAAAAACCUUACCCAUGUACUGAUUGUACUAAAAGUUUUAGUCGGCGUUCAGAUCUUGUAAAGCAUAAAAGAAUACACACUGGAGAAAAACCUUAUGUGUGUAAUCUGUGCAAUAAAAGUUUCAGUCAAAGUUCAGACCUCACUAAACAUCAAAGAGUGCACUCUGGUGAAAAGCCCUAUCAUUGUGAUAGUUGUGAGAAAGCCUUCAGUCAGAGUUCUGACCUUAUUCUUCAUCAGAGAAUUCACACUGGAGAAAAACCAUAUCCAUGUACAUGGUGCAACAGAAGUUUCACUCAGAACUCUGACCUUACAAAACACCAGAGAAUCCACACUGGGGAAAAGCCAUAUAAAUGUAAUGAGUGUGGGAAGGCUUUUAGUCAAUGUUCAGCUCUUAUUUUGCAUCAGAGAAUCCACACUGGGGAGAAACCAUAUUCAUGUGAUCAGUGUGGUAAAAACUUUAGUAGGCGCUCUGAUCUCACUAAUCAUCGAAAAGUCCACACUGGUGGGAAGCCAUAUAAAUGUGAUGUAUGUGGGAAAACCUUCAGCACAGGCAUAGGUUUUACUGAACACCAGAGAAUCCACACUAAGGAGAAGUACUAUCAAUGUGUUGAGUGUGACAGAAGUUUUAGCCAACUCUCUGAUUUUAUCAAUCAUGAGAAAUUACAUUCUGGGGGACAGUUUAAAUGUAAUGAGUGUGGAAGAAACUUUAGCAUGUACACCAACUCUAUUGAAUACCACAGAUACUAUGCCAGAACAACAAUCCUAUGAAUGCUAUUGAUGAAUAUGAAGUAUUUUAAUCAAUGUUUAACAAUCAUGGUACAUUAUUUGGAAAAAAUACUAGGGAGAAAACUAGUUUAAUUCUUAUGGUGAAAAUUUAGCUCAGAUCUCAGACAUUACUAAAACUAAAAUUUGUAAUGAGUAGUUCUCAGAGUUGGGGGAAAACCUUCAAUGUGGAUAUUUUUACAGAAUGUAGUCAACAAUAAAAAUAAAUUCCUAUGUAAUACAA